GUUUCAAGGGAACAUACAGAUAACACCAAGAUCUCAUGAGGAGAGGACACUUCCAAACGCUAGCUUUCCUGUGAUUCUAACACGAAGAGGGAUAACCAAUUGGCUGGCAAAGUAACAAAUGAACAGUAACCUGACUCUAUUGACCCGCUUAACCCUGCAUGGGGGGGAAGGAUGGAAAGGAGCAGCUGUUUGCUUUGAAACAGUGCAACAGUUUUGCAGCCUUAGAAAAUGGCAUGUAACAUACCUAACCAAAGACAGCGGACUCUGUCAACAACAGGAGAAGCUCUAUACGAAAUUCUUGGUCUGCAUAAGGGAGCAUCAAAUGAAGAAAUUAAGAAAACCUACAGAAAAUUGGCCCUGAAACAUCAUCCAGACAAGAAUCCAGAUGAUCCAGCUGCUACUGAGAAGUUUAAAGAAAUCAACAAUGCCCACACAAUACUUACCGACAUUUCAAAGAGAAGCAUAUAUGACAAGUACGGAUCGCUGGGACUCUACGUGGCCGAGCAGUUUGGAGACGAAAACGUUAACACCUACUUCAUGCUGUCGAGCUGGUGGGCAAAGGCCCUGUUUGUCAUCGUUGGCCUCUUGACGGGCUGCUAUUUUUGCUGCUGCCUGUGCUGCUGCUGCAACUGCUGCUGUGGACAUUGCCGGCCCAAGUCAUCAGUGCCAGAAGAGGACUUCUACGUGUCCCCAGAGGAUCUGGAGGAGGAGAUCAAGUCUGACGUGGAAAAAGAUUUGGACUUUCCAGUUUUUCUCCAGCCUACAAAUGCAAACGAGAAAACACAGCUAAUCAAAGAAGGAUCUCGAAGUUAUUGCACAGACAUUUGAUAUUGAGCUCUCAGAGAGUCCACAGUCCCUCCUCUCAGUUCAGUCUUGUCUCCAGAUGGUCGUAGGGGAGCGUGUGGGGCAUAAAGUGCUGUGAACUUUUCCAUCUUGGUGUUUUAUUUUUGGGUUAGGAAAACAUGAUUGCUAUAUAAUUUUCUCAGUAUGCAGACUUUCUCUCUGAGUAGAAUUUCUUAUGAAACACAUUCAAUUUGGGUGAAUAAAGGCCUGAAGAGUUAUUUUACGCGCCUUGCCUGAUGUAGGACAGUGGAAUUGUACAGCCUUUAUGAACCUGCCCUUUACGUGAGGCAGAUCUAAUUCCUAACUGACCAAAGUAAUAUUCCAGAACAAAAGCCACUCUUCUUCCAUUUAACACAAUAUUCAUAUCUACCACGAACAUGAUCAUCGAAAUAUAUGAGAACUUAUAAAGAGUUUUUGUGUGUGGAGCCUCUUCCAUGUCAAUAUUCAAUAAAGUUAUAGAAAUAUUUCAAAAGCCAGAAAGGGAUGAUUAUAUUAUUUUAAAAUCUCAUUUUUAAGAUAUAUUUUUGGAACAUUAAAAAUUGGCAUUUACUGAAAACUGGUAAGUAAAACCAGGAAGAAGCAGGUUUUGUGUGUACUUUUAGAUUUUCUUAAAAACAAAACAAAACAAAACUUCAACCUGGUUAAAUGUUGUAAGUGAACCAGAAAAUCAUUCUGAGCCUGAACCUACCCCAUCAGCAUGUUGAUCAUUUUCUAGUAAAAUAAUUUUUGUAUAACUGGCUCAGAUUAGCCAGACUAAGGAAAAAAAACACAUGAAGGGGUAGAACUCUAUACGCUAGAGCCUAAAUUUAUACCAAAGCACAUAUCACCUCAUUUUUGUUAAAAUUAGUUGCCUUGACCAGAAAUUGCUCAGCUCUGUGCAUGUUACACAAUUUAAGCCCAGAGGUCAUCUCUGCAUUUGCUUGUUUGAUUCUUAUAUUUAUUAUGUGGUAGAAACCAUGUGCUAUUUCUAAAAUACUAUGGCAGAAAAAGUGUUCAUUUUUCUAGGUCUUUCUUACUUCUUUAUAUAAUAUUGCAUUUUCAAGAUCUUGUUAUGUUUUUAUAUAAUAUUGUAUAAAAUGUCUUUAUCUUUUUUCUUGUUUCUUAUUCCGCCCCAAAAAAUUAUAGUUAAUUGCUGCUAAAUAUAUAUUGUAAGUGAGAAUUAGUGUUAUAGCUCUGACACUUCUGAAGUCAUUAAAAUUCCCCUCU